CGGAAGAAGAAUCAGCCUCGGAAAAGGAAGAAGAAACCCGAAAUGAAAGCAGCCCCCCCGUCAGGGGGACUUCACACUUGUUGAUUGUCGUCGGUCUCCAGUACUGAGGCGCUUUUUGGACUUCUUUUCCACCGAUUUGUUGUGUCUUUCUGUGGGCUUGGACCGGCUGUUUUGGGGGUGCCUGGCUGGCUGAGUGAUCGCUGAGACUGAAAAGAUCACCCAUCCAUUUCACAGACUUCACGCUGCUGCGGACACACUCGGCAUCCAGUUCUGCCCGAUCGAUAUUUCAUCAUUUAUUCAUCCACCUUCCUUAGCAGGGAGCUUCGGGAAAGUGGCCGAGCAGGGCGCCCUGUCCUCCGCGCUGCGCCGCUGGGUGGCACCGCUGUCUCCGGGCGGAGGGUCUUUCUGAUCGCGGGGAUCGAGAGCAGCAGACGCCGUCGAAAAGGAUCGAAAAUCCAGUAUUAAUCUCUCACUGGAACAGCUGUCGUGUAUUUUGGAAGAGUGGCUGGUCGAUAAAUGUGCAGGGAGUUUGUUUUUUAACGAGCCUGUGAGGCGGGAUUCUCAGACAGCACACCGACCUCGGCGCCCUUUCCGCCGGGCAGCACCGCUGGCUCCAGCCGGUGCGAUGACCGACCCUCCACGGGGCGACACCGACGUCACAAUCGCCAUAAACUAAGCCGUGAACUGGUGGCCUGUUGUGUGUUUUAGGACCUGGAUAAUUAUCUUCCAGAGCGAGGGGGAAAGUCCAGGACACACACCGAGCACGGCGCCCUUUGCCGGGCUGCGCCGCUGUGUUUGGCCCGGUGGGAUGUCUCUCCACUACGGGUGAACUACUUCCUAGACAUCCAGCCCUUUUGGCACCAGAAGUUACCGCUGUUGAACCCCGUGUUGUCGCCCUGCUGUUGGGAAGUUUUUAUAAGAGGGGGGGCAGGAGGACAUGGCGGACUCCGGCCGGCCCAGACCGGCGGACCCUGAUGCCGCAGAGAGCCGGACAGCGAGCCCGCUGGCCGGGAAGAAGAGGGCGCAGCAGUCCCCCGGACUCCGGUCCAAGUACCAGAGCUCUGCACCGGGUCACUGCUUUAAGAAAGUCACCCUGACCAAACCUACCUUCUGCCACAGCUGCAGCGACUUCAUCUGGGGGAUCAUCGGCUUCUUGUGUGAAGUGUGUAACUUCAUGUGUCACGAAAAAUGCCUGAAGACGCUGCGGAAGGUUUGUUCCUCCAUGACUCCGUCUCUGGUCCAGGUGCCGGUGGCUCACUGCUUCGGUCCCGCCGGUCAGAAGAAACGUUUCUGCUGCGUCUGCAGGAAACAAACAGAGGGAAGCACGGCGCUGCGCUGCGAAGUGUGUGAGCUGCAUGUCCACGCUGACUGUGCCAUCUUCACCUGUGCCGACUGUCGCAGCUGCCAACUGGACGGGAUUCUGGAGCAGGAUACAUACCACCACCACUGGAGGGAGGGAAACCUGGCGUCAGCGGCAAGGUGUGAGGUUUGCCGGCGUUCGUGCGGGUCGUCUGACGUCCUGGCAGGGAUGAGGUGCGAGUGGUGCGGCAUCACGAGCCAUGCAGCAUGUUACCUCGGCAUGCCGGCAGAGUGCACUCUGGGACGUCUGCGCUGCAUGCUGCUGCAUCCGGCCUGUGUCCGCCUCGACUCCAGAAACUUCAGCAAGAUGCACUGUUACCGCAUCGCUGAGAGCUGCAGCCACGAGCUGGAUAACUCCGAUGAUGCUGAUCUCUCUGCUGCAGCAGCGCCAGCGUCCAAAGACGGUCAGCCGGCUGCCUCAGAGUCAGGUAAACAGUUUCUCAAGGUGUUUGAUGGCGACGAUGCAGUCAAGCGCGGUUUCUUCCGACUGGUCUCAAUCACAAAGAAUGAGGAAGUGGUGGAGGCGGCGCUGAGGGCCUUCUACCUCCCCGACGACCCUCAGGACUUCGAGCUGCACGAAAUCGGCGGCCCGCAGCGUCUGCACAGCGACGACAUCCUGAACCGCAACGGCAGCCCGGACAACAGGAACUCGCUGAAGGACGGAGGCGACUCGUGGCUGCUGAGGGCAAAACCCCGAGUCACUGAGGUCAUCAAGGUGUACACUGACUGGCCCAAGUCAGGCGUUGCUUUCAUUUCGGUUUCCGUCUCAGACAGCAGCACGACGUCCUCGGUCCUCGCCGAGGUUCUCAGUAAGCUGGACAGACAGGAGGAAGAUCUAUCAAAAUUCUCUCUGCUGGAGGUCUGCAUGAGCAGCAAGCAAGUGCAGAGACAGACGCUGACUCCUCAGGAAAAGCUUCGGGACAAACUGCGGGAGAUCAGGAAGGUGUCUCUGCGGCAGAUGAAUCAGACUCGGUUCUACAUCGUGGAGAACAAGAACCGGGCGGUGCGGGUGGAGCUGCUGAUUGGAGGGCUGCCCCCCCUGCUCACCACAGAAAAGUACACGCAGCUGAUCGAGGAACACCUCGCCAUCAAGAGUCACCUGGUCACCAUCAGCAAUUUCUAUCUCAAUCAAGGUGCGGUGGUGUUGCAGAUCUCGUGUUUCGCUGAAGCGGAGAGGAUCUACAUGCUGACUAAAGAUACUUCGAUCAACAACAAGACGCUCACCUCGCUGGUCAUUCCGGCGAUCACGCAGAACACGCUGGGAGCAGACGUGUGUCCUCUGCUGGUGUUUGUCAACCCGAAGAGUGGCGGUCUGAAGGGGAGAGAGCUCCUCUAUGGUUUCCGGAAGCUCCUGAACCCUCACCAGGUCUUCGACAUCAUGAACGGAAGCCCGCUGGCCGGCCUGCACACGUUCAGGGAGGUUCCCCGGUUUCGGGUGCUGGUCUGCGGGGGCGAUGGGACGGUGGGCUGGGUGCUUGGAGUGCUGGAGGCUGUAAGGCACAAACUGACCUGUCGCGAACCGCCCAUCGGCAUUGUACCACUAGGAACAGGUAACGACUUGGCUCGUAUCCUGCGGUGGGGUCCAGGUUACAGUGGUGAGGACCCUUACCACAUCCUAGUGUCGGUUUAUGAGGCUGAUGAGAUUCUGAUGGACCGCUGGACCAUCCUGCUGGACGCCCAGGAUGUCUCAGAGGAUGGCAAAGAGAACGACUUCUUGGAGCCACCCAAGAUUGUCCAGAUGAACAACUACUUUGGUCUCGGUAUCGACGCGGAGCUCAGCCUCGACUUCCACCUGGCUCGAGAGGACGAACCCGACAAAUUCACCAGCAGGUUUCAUAACAAAGGUGUGUAUGUGAAGGUAGGCCUGCAGAAGAUCAGUCACACCAGGAGUCUCCACAAAGAGCUGCAGCUUCACGUGGAUGGGCAGGAAGUCCCAUUACCCAACAUAGAGGGGCUAAUCUUCCUCAAUAUACCAAGUUGGGGUUCAGGUGCUGAUCUCUGGGGGUCAGAGGUCGACAGUCGCUAUGAGAAACCCAGCAUCGAUGACGGCCUGUUGGAGGUGGUUGGGGUCACAGGGGUCGUCCACAUGGGCCAGGUGCAGAGUGGUUUCCGUUCUGGGAUUCGCAUUGCUCAAGGGAACUACAUCAGGCUGACAUUGAGGAAACCGAUACCAGUCCAGGUGGAUGGAGAACCGUGGAUCCAGCCGCCGGGACACAUCAUCAUCUCUGCUGCUGGACCAAAGGUUCGGAUGCUGAGGAAGUCCAAGCAGAAGCAGAAGAAGUCAUCAGCUAACAUGAGGGACGGACACUCGGAUAGUCCUUCUUCCAGAGAUGGACACUGACCCGAUCACCCGAUAAUGGCCAUCCUGCCUGUUAUCUGCCUCCUGCUACUGCACAUGGGUAACCGUUUUGGUGCCAGCAGCCAGCUGUGAAUUCACUCAUGUAGUUUUGCAGCGACACUAACGGGCCGCAGACGGACCACAGACUCGUGGACGUUUACCGUCUUGCAAAGUGGGAGAAAGUCAUGGAUCACUUGGGAUUGCAUUUCAUGCCUACUGUCCAGGCGCCGACCAUUUACAGAAAUCACAGUAACCGUGGUUAAUAAUUCCACUCCUAACUUUUUUACUUAACAGUAAAUAACUCACAGCAAGAUGUCUGCAUAGACUGCAAAAUAAAUUGUGUUGAAUUUUGACCAUUUCUCAGUAUGAAUAAGCUCUGCGCUGGAAAAAAAAAUCUAAACAAGUAUUUAAAGUGUCUGUCCGGACGUGACUGUAUAUGUGCAGUAAGUAGCAGUACUCAGUGUCAGCUGAUAUAUUAUAUAAUAACUUUAGUCGUGAAAAAUAAUGUGCAGCUAUAGAAUAAUUAUGACCUCAGUGUUGUUCUGUUUGUCAUCAGAAAAUAUGAAGAAAGCGGAUGCUGAAGACAGCGACGGGCAGUUUUUUAAAAAAAAAAGCUGUUACUACAUAAUGUUUCUCGAAAGCAGUAAUUUCCUGGGAGGCCCCACUACCCUUCUUCUUCUUCUUCUUCUUCUUGAUUUCUUGUGUGAAAUCCUUUAGUAAUAUUUACACACAGUGUAGAAAUUUUACACUAUUGAGCGUAAUUAAAGUCAGAUCAGGGUGAGCUAUGCUAAGCAGGGUUAGCUGGAAAGAAGAACUGUUUAUUUUUGACGCUCACACAGAUUAGUCUUGCAGUAAAGCUUGUCUUACAUAGAAAUGUGUUUACUGGAAAAUAUAAAACAAGAGAAACUCCAAGAUAAUUUGGAAUAAUUUUAAAAAAUACCAAAGGCCACGUAAUAAUUUAGUUUCAAUCAGCAGAAGAAUAUAUAUAUAUAUAUAUAUAUAUGUAUAUAUAUAUAUGUAUAUAUAUGUACAGUAUAACAUACAAGUGCAGAUUUCUUAUAAGAACUACAGAACAUCCAGUUAGGAUAGCAUUAAAGAGACAAACAUUUUUCUGACAGGAGCCUGUUUUGAUAUUUUUGAUGUUUUAAUUUUUUACGUUUUUUAAUUUUUAUUUUACAGAAGUGUGUGAUGGCACUUGUUCAAGCCCUCAGGUUAUUUGAGAUACUGAGAAACAACCCAAACAGUGGCCAUUUAAAUCAAUUUAAUUUUGAAAAUUGUGUACCAGAUACGAAAAUUAGCCUAAUAACACUCCUGUAGCAGUUAGUAACUGUGCCAGCUUGUUAGCUAGUUUUUUUUAGUCAGUUGUGUGCAUUAAGGCACAUUGAAAGUAUGUUUACUAAACAGGAUUUUUGCUUUUGUUCAUUAAGUUAAUUUGCAGCUAAACAAAACACAAACAUCUUGAAGAUGCAAACUAAGUGAAUGGUUACUUAGCUAGCACUAAUCUUUACUUUUGGCUAGUGUAAAAGCGUGACUAAUAUUUUGUAACCUGAAAAUGAUUCAUUUGAGUCCGUUUUUAAAAUGCAGAGGUCAAAACCACUCAAUAAAAGUUAUUUUAAAUUUUUAGACAUUAGAAAAUUAACUCACUGUGUGCCAUUUUAGUUACAGUUGCCAGCAAUUAUCUAGAAGACCUGUUACAUUAAAAGAGCUUACUUCUAAGCUAGUUUUCUCAAUAGUAAAAUUAUUAGCUUAGCAGGCUAGUUAGCUACUUUAAAAAAAAGUAAGCUAUUCAAAGAUUGAAUUUGUUCAUUGUCCAUAUCAGGAACUAAAAACUGAAAUAAAACUCUGUUUUCAUUUCCUGAAAAUUGAAAAAAAUGUAGCUAGGUAAUGUAAGCUUAAAAUAUUAGCUAGGGUAACUAGCUAUAACAGAACUUUGCUAUGUGUAAUAGUAAUAUUAGGCUACUUAUUUUAUAAGUCAAAUUGAGGGUUUCAGUUAAACUAACCUAGAUACUAUAGUGUUAAGCAAGCUUAUAAAGAUAGCAUAUACAAAUGAAAUAACAAAUUCAAUUCGUCUGAAUGUUACUGAAAUAGAAAAGGUAAAAAGGUCAGUGGUAAAUGUAACCAAUGAGGUCAGGUAUAAAGUAAUUCAAAUAUUGUGUAAGAGGUGUGUUGACCUUGCACAACAAUCUAAUAAAUCGAAAUAUUUCAUUUUCAGUACCACUUUGUAGAUGAUGCUUUCGUCCGAUCUAAAUUCUGUAUUGCUGAAUUUAUCCAAAAAUCCCAACUUAAUCUAAACCAGACCUAAAACAACAGAGCCAGCAGAGUCCAACCUUAACUUUUAUCUCCCCCUUUUUGCUGAGUCCUGCUCUUUAACCAUAAAGGAAGGACUCAAAGUUGAGCUCCAUUUGGCAUUUUAAAGACUCUGAGAGAAGGGACUUAAUGAAAGGGGCACUUUGUUCAUAUUCCCAGAGUAUGAAGUAGCUCAAAACUUUGAAAUAGACUAAAGAUCCUAUGCUGAAGGUUCCAGCUCUUGAUGUAGCCUCAAAAACAUUCAAUAACUGUACUUUGCCUGUAACUUGUACACUUAAAAUCAACGUGUGCUUAAUAGAUUUAUUUUCAUGUUAUUUGGUGCUAGAAGAUAAAAUAUGUAUAGUUGUUCUGUGCUUGGUUUGAGAUUCGAGGAUGUUGUUUUUAUUUUCUAAACCUUAAAAUGAAGUUUAUGAAAUCUGACUAAUGAAGGUGAAAUACCUCUCGAUGGCUUCAUUCAACCCUUUUCUGCAGUCGCUCUUUUGGCCAGUUUCCACCAUUCUACUGUUUUACAUGUUACCCGUUUUUUCGUUUUUCUGUCUCAUGCAAAGUUUCUGCAUUUCAGUGUUGUUAGAUAUUCAUGUUAAAUAUCUCCAAAACUGAAAUACUGAAUUUCUAUUCAAGUCAGUUUUAUUUGUAUAGCACCAAAUCACAACAGCCACUGCCUCAGCUAAACAUAUGUAAAAGUGAUUGGAAAAAUUAGCAUUUGUAUGCCUGAAUUUUUUUUUUCUUUAUCAGUUAACCUGUGCAUGGCUACAAAGUACAGCCUGAAAGCUCUAUUAGCUGCCCCUUGGUAGGCCUCCUUAAAGUGGCCAAUCAAGAGGAAGUGGCUUUUUAGCUCCUCUGGAGUCUCAGAAUAAAAGUAUAGAGUUUGGAAAUAAGCAGAAUAGGUCUCCUCUGAUAACAUCACAUGUGGUUAGUAUAUAAAGAUAAAUUAGUUGUUGUAAAUGUUGAAAACCUACCAAAUUAUGAUUUAUAACUCUUUAAAUUUCACAUUUCCUGGUUUCCCAGACUCGUCGUCCACAAGUGAACCAGACAUCAGCUUGUAAUAAAAAGAAAAUGAAGGGUGGGAAGACACUUUCAUACACAGCAACAUUUAAUUUUGGUUCACCUAUUCUAGAGAAACAAACUGCAGAAGCUGGUGGACACACCAGGAGGCGCUGCAGAAAAAGGAUUAAUAAUGAACAACAGCGAGGGUUUCUGGCUUUAAACAGAGGUGCAAGUCGACCUCUGAUUGAAGUGCGUUCAGGCAGGUUGUGUUUUCCUACACUUGAUGCUGUGUGUCUACUGGCAGUAGGAUGUAGCUGUGUAACUGUACACUUAUGAAGUACUGUCAGAGUGUUUGUUACAUGAAGUACUGUAGCUUUGUUCCAUGUAGAGCUGCGUUUUUGUGCUUUUACAGCAGCGUUUGAGCUCGUCUUCACUGAUGACGAUGAGUAAAACUGCUGCAGUCACACCUUUGAAACACUGCAUACACCCACCAGUCUUAAUGUGUUACCACGUUCUUCUGGUCAGUGAGUCCUCUGUGUUAACUUUUCGUUAAAGGUGGUUGAUUCUGUUUUAGUGUCUCCACAGUGGGCAGGAAGUGUAACUUCUCUGCAAAAGAACUACACCAGAAUUCAUCCUUAAAAUGGAUUCACAGUUUGAAAGAGAUCAAAACCAGAAGACUUGUUUUCAAAAUUGAUGAUAAAUAUGUUUAAUUCUGCUGAUGGGCAGAAGAAUGUCUCGCACAUGUUUUGUUUUGAGUAAAGAGUUAUGGAAUAGCAUUGGACCAAACCACUGUGAGGCCAUGGGGGGGGGGUCUAUAGUUAUAUAGCUAUAUAGUUACAGUUACAGCGAAGCAUUGAGAACAAUGGGAGUGACUAUCUGGAUGUGACGACACUUUUGAGAAGGGCCUGGUCCCCACCGCCCCCUUCGGCCACACCCUGUCUCCUUUAAAAACAGUUCAUCGGCAUUGUUUCACCUGUUUGGUCUUAAAGAAGGUCCCAGCUGAAAGGCAUGCAGAGAUUUUGGGUCACUUUCUCACAUUUCUGGGGAAGCCUUCAUUCAUUUUUGCCACACUCGCACCGUGCCAUACGAGUCUUUCUGUUGUGUCAAACCUCGCCGCUUUGACUUUCUGCUUCUCUGCAUCCGCCGUGCCUCCGUUGUAGUGUCCAAAGUAUCAGACACCAGGCCGAGUUCGGCGUGGCCUUCGCGCCUCGACGCCCUGAGUGCGCUGAUGUUUAACGUGUGUGUUUCCUGCUGGUGCAGUGGUGUGUUCACUUCUGAGCUGAUGUGCCUCCAGUUUUCUGUUGCUGUAAUUCUCUCUGAAUAGAUGAUUUGUCUAUUUUUGCAGACAGAAGCUGUUUUUUUAAGUUUUAACUGUAAAUUAUAAAUUGCACUAAUUGUUUUACAGAUGCUCUUAGAUGUGACGUUCAGGUUAUUAUGAAUGUUGUCAUAACUAAAGCUAAUUGUCUAGCAUAUAUAUAUAUAUGUAUAUAU